CUUCUCCUUUGCUUCUUCUGCGGAAUCCCUUCUCAUGGUUUGGCCAGUAAUCUAAUUCUCUCCCUCUCUCCUUCCCUCUCUCCCCCAAAUUCUUUUUCUUUGUUUUUGACGAAAUCUCUUAAGCAUUGGUGAUGCCUAUCUGUUCUUAGAUCUCUGGUGUUUUUUGAUUGAGUCUAUUAGGCAUCAAUGCUCAGCACAAGUUUUUGACAGAUGGGCAUUACUGGAAGAAAAUCUAAAGUGAUAGAUUGACAAGCCAACUUGACUCUCCUUGUACAGAGAUUUAAUAGUGACUGGUUAUUUUAGAUGAUACUAGCUGGUAGCAGCUUGUAGAAGCUGCACUUAAGCAUGUUGAUGAUAUUUUGGCUGCUUUUCAAUCAUCCCUAUGAUGAGAAUUGGGUUCCUGUCAAUGCUGUAUAUAACGAGCUACAGUUUAGCACUAAACCGUAUAAGCAAGCUACUAACUCACACUCUGUUGACAGAGUAGGCACCUCUACUUGGAGGUUCUUAGAAGUCCUUUGACAAAUUUUUUAUUGUCAUCUCAUACAAUUCUAAUAAUGGAAAGAUAUAAAAUUUUGGAAGAGCUUGGUGAUGGUACAUGUGGUAGUGUAUUUAAGGCUAUCCAUAUGGAAACAUACGAAAUUGUUGCCGUGAAGAAGAUGAAGAGAAAGUUCUAUUUCUGGGAAGAGUGCAUGAACUUGAGAGAAGUUAAAGCCCUUCGGAAAAUGAAUCAUCCCAAUAUCAUAAAGCUGAAGGAAGUUGUCAGAGAAAACAAUGAGCUGUUCUUCAUUUUUGAAUACAUGGAAUAUAACCUAUACCAAAUCAUGAGAGAACGAGAAAGGCCUUUUACUGAGGAAGAGAUUCGAAGCUUUAUGUCUCAGGUGCUGCAAGGACUUGCUCACAUGCACAAGAAUGGGUAUUUCCAUAGAGAUCUAAAACCAGAGAAUCUACUGGUGACAAAUGAUGUUCUUAAAAUUGCUGACUUUGGACUGGCUAGAGAAGUUUCAUCAUUGCCUCCUUAUACUGAAUAUGUUUCGACACGGUGGUACCGAGCUCCUGAAGUUUUGUUGCAGUCCUCAACAUACACUCCUGCAAUUGACAUGUGGGCAGUUGGCACAAUAUUAGCUGAGCUAUUCACUUUGUCCCCUAUUUUCCCUGGUGAAAGUGAAAUAGAUCAAUUGUACAAGAUAUGCUGUGUUCUUGGUACACCUGAUUGGACUACAUUUCCUGGUGCAACAAAUGUAUCUCGAUUAAUGAAUAUUUGCUAUUCAGAGAUUUUGCCUGCCAAUCUAUCUGAUGUCAUUCCCAACGCUAGCUUGGAAGCCAUUGAUUUGAUCAUGCGAUUAUGCUCGUGGGACCCAUUAAAGAGGCCAACUGCUGAUCAAUCGCUCCAACAUCCAUUUUUCCAUGUGGGUAUGUGGGUUCCUUAUCCAAUCCGAGAUCCACUUGAACUUAAGCUAAAUAAUAUAGCAGGAGCAAAGCCAAAUCUUGAGUUAAAUCUAUGGGAUUUUGGUGCUGAACCCGAUGACUGUUUUCUUGGCUUGACUUUGGCCGUGAAGCCCAGUAUUUCAAACUUGGAAGCAGUACAUGAUGUUUCUCAAGGCAUGGAAGAGAAUAUUCUGCUUUGCUCAGAUUUCAAAAAUCAUCAAGAACAGUCAGUAUUGUGGUCCUUUAUUUCGCCUGAUCAAAAUGGAAUCCACCCGCCAGUCGAGUCAUCAUUGUCACUGUCAUUCAGUUCAAUUCAGCAUCCAUCAGUUGUUCCACAAUCAUCUGGGUUCCCAAUUACAUCACUACAGCCUAACAUCUUAGAUUGUCCAUUGUUGGCAAUGUCCUCCCCAUUUCAGCAAAGCCACUACCACUGAUCCAUUCUACAACGUUGAUCCAAUAAGGAGGGUGUACAAAUAAUCUGUAAUUUAUAGCACUGCUUGAUUUUGUAAAGUUCCUUUGGCACUUUAAUAGGUUUCAUUCUUGCCUUUUAGCUUUGUAUUGCAGAUAUUAGAAUACGUCUCCUGAAAAGAAUAUGCCAGGAAGAAAAUUUCUAGAGACAAAUUUACGUAGUGGACCCUUUAACUCAAUGUUGCAGAUUUUUUAGAUUUCACCUUAA